CGUAGACGAUGAGAUCAUCAACGUGCGCACUACACAGACAAUACAGGCAGGCCCCAUUCUGUUGUAUCCGGCUGCAGUAAAAUGCAAUAAUCUAAGAAUUUGUCUACACGAUCAGAAUAUUGUGUCUUGUAUAUGAAAUAAUCGUAAUAUUCCUGAAACCAUGCAGUGUCCAGAUGACACUAGUCUAAAUACACCAGAAGAGAGAACCUGUCUUUCCUCUGCGCAAAGAAGAGCAGAAAUUCGGAGACGAAAAUUGCUCAUGAAUUCUGAAGACAGAAUGAACAGAAUUGUGGGUUUCGCCAAAGCAGAAGCUGAAAACGACGGAUCAUCCAGAAGUGUCACGGCACCCGUGUUCCAUCUGGACUUGGACAGGAGCGACUCGUGGUCAACAUACCCCUCCCCCAGACUGUCUCCAUUCCUCCCAGAGGCAGUAGGCAGCAGCCACCCCCACAGUGAUCUCCCAGGGUAUCCCCUGCCAGACACCAGCGAGGUGCUGGGUGGCAGUGUGGACAAGGAUGUGACACCGGGCGUCCGUCAGAGGCCACGCGGAGAGGCCCAUCUGGCAGCUGAUGAGCCCAGCCACUCCGGAUCCCCACGCAGAGGGUUGCAGAAGUACCUGUCCCGCUUUGAUGAUGCCAUGAAGCUCAGAGGCCAACUGGCCAAUGAGAAACAAGCCCAGGAGGCAGCUAGCUCUGACCCAGAUGAGUUGGACUCCUUCAGGCUCUUCAGGCUUGUUGGCAGUGUCCUCCUUGCUAUCUUUGUCAGGGUUUUUGUCUGCAAGUAUCUGUCCAUAUUCGCACCAUUCCUCACCCUCGAACUGGCAUACAUGGGGUUGUACAAAUAUUUUCCAAAGGUUGAGAAGAAGAUGCAAACUACAGUGCUGACUGCCGCGCUCCUGUUGUCUGGUAUCCCUGCUGAGGUCAUCAACCGCUCCAUGGACACCUACAAGAAGAUGGGCGACGUCUUCGCUGACCUCUGUGUCUACUUCUUUACAUUCAUCCUCAGUCACGAGAUCCUGCUGUUGGUUGGUCCAGAGGAGGCUGAGACUCCCUGAUGGACAGGAAGUCCCUGUGCUAUGGCGAUGUCACAGAAGUGGACCCCUGAUACUGAUCCUUUACCCUACCUCCUUCUCCACACCAUUUCCCUUCCUGAGUCAGUAGAUCCCAUAGGGGAGAGAGGGUCGAAGGUGCAAUGUCCGCAGGUAGAUAAGGGAAUAAGACAGAAAUAACAGGUUGAACAAGGUAACAUAACAUUCAUUUGGGUUCUGACCCUCUACGACAUCUUGUCGAUAGGAGCUGCUUUAAGUUCCCUUUUAUUUUGCUUUCUACAAUGUUUAUAUAAGGGGUCCAGUUACUUCGCAAUUUUUGUUUUGUUUCUGGUGAAUUGAGUUCUCAUUUGGAAGACAUACCCUUGUAUGCUUAAAGAGUCUAAGCUCUUAGUACAUUUACCUUUUAAUCUGGGCUAGGAAAAGGAUAGGGCUCCCGAGUGGCUCAGCAGUCUAAGGCACUGCAUCUCAGUGCUAGAGGCGUCACUACAAACCCUGGUUCGAUCCUGGGCUGUAUCACAACCGGCCGUGAUUGUGAUUGGAAGUCUCAAAGGGCGCGCACAAUUGGCCCAGCGUCGUCCGGGUUUGGGUUUAGCCGGGGUAGGUCGUCAUAGUAAAUAAGAAUUUGUUCUUAACUGACUUGCCUAGUUAAAUAAAAGUUAAAUUUAAAAAUGAAAAGGAUGGCUUAGGAGUGUCUUUUUGGAAAGUGCGUGUUGUCACUGAUAUUCAAUGUGGGAGCAGUGGGAUCUUAUCAGCUUGUAUAUCUGUGCUGGAUAACUCUGAUUGUGGAAAUGUCAUGUAUUGCUAUCCCAGCCUCACUCAAACUCUGUGGCAUGUUACAUCAUCUGUUAAUCCCUCAUUGUACCCAAAUUAAUGUAUUCAGUUUGAGACAGGUUUUCUAUGUAACUUCAUUGGUGUGAUAUCUUGUUUGUCAGAUUUACUUGAAUGUUUUGCAAUUAUUUAUAUUUUUUUGUAUAAAUGCUGUAUUCAUAAUUUAUUUCAUGUGAAAUUUUGAAAUCGAUAUCAACACAAAGAUAUAGAGAAGCUAAUGUUGCUUCUGGUAAUAACAUACUGGAAUUAAUAUGCUGUAUUAAACCAAUAAAACCUUGGAGCAUUUCAC